AUGAUGUUCAGAUUUGCACAGCAAACACAGGUCAUCAAGGGAAGGCUCCCCAACCAGUUUGCCCAUGCUUCUGCUAGAAACUCAUUCAACCAUUCGAUACGGUUCAACAGUGCUGUGACUUUGGAGAGACAGGACUCUUCUGGCAGCACUGCAACCAAUCCGUUGGCCCAGACGUCGAAUCAGGUGAAUGCGGCAGUGACAAAAGUUCGCCAUCUGCGGAACAACUUGAAUACAGCAAGCGGAAGGCCUUUACAACAGUUCAAUGCUCCGAACCGUAAUAUAGCGCCGUCCACCACGUCAGCAGACUCUCCAUGGUACCACAAAGUGUGCGCGUUCGAAGACUGCGUGUCGCAAACGCUGUACAUGUCUCAGACACCCAGGCGUAAGACGAUGAAGCACAAUUCUGAGCAUCCAAACUCGAACUCGAACCCGCUCUUUUGGGACUCCAUCGGUAGAGCCAUGGACUUGUACCACGAUCUGAUCAAUACGCCAGAGUUGAACUCUGACCGCGUUUCCAAGCUAGUGCAUCUUCUACACAAUGGUUUGCGAGCCAACAGAAACCAGUUAACGAGAAUGAACAAGAAACCCGAUUAUGACUCUCAAAGCUUCCACAAAGAGAUGACCAAUUAUCUCUGUAGGUCAUUGAGAGAGAUAUCCGACGAAGUGCUGCGCGGUAAAGUUGAGCUCAAUGAGUACGGUGCCAUGCACCUGAUCACUGCUUUCAAGGAACUUUUGUUGUUUGAAGAAGCGGUCGAUAUCUGGAAGAAUGCUAUCAACGGUAGCAAUCAAUACACCGCUAACAUCUUCCUGAAUCCAAGAGUCGUUGGUGUCAUAUUACCAAUCCUCUACGACAAUGGCGUUUCUUACCCAGAAAUUCAAAACCUGUACGAGAAGUCUUCCUCAAUGAUUGACUAUUUCCAUCCAAAUCUUUCCGUCGGAAUGAUUAGAGCCUCAUUGUCAGCAGGCGAAAAUGAAAUGGCUCUGAAACUUUUCCAAAGACUAUGUGAGGAAAGCACAGAGAUGAAAUAUGGUUAUUUAAUUGAAACCCAUCUUUCAUUCAUUGGUGAGUGUAAGGACCUCAACGUGGCACAAACAUUUUUCGAUAAAGCCUUGAACGACGAAAUGCCAUAUAAGAUAGAUCUGCAGGUCUCCUAUGUGAAAUCGUUCCUAAGAAAUAUCUGGACUCAAACUCAUGACUUUAAUCAUGUUUAUCAGAUUUGGUUCAAAUCUUCCUUACAUUAUGGCAAGGGUGUAAACCAUGGUAUCUCAUCUUCCUUGAAUGAUACCUUUUUUGACAUCUUCUUUGAGAACUAUGCUCAAGAUAAAGUUCAAGGUUUUGAAACGUUACAAAAUUUGAUUCAAACUUACAACCAAAUCAAACCUAUCGAUGAACCAUUCUUCAACAUCAUUCUGGCCAAAUGUACGGUUUGGCGUGAUCGUAGUAUCAUUGAAUACAUCGACAAAAGCUACGAACUUUUCCAUAUCCCAAAAACAAUUGUCGCUUACAGAAUCUUGUUGAAGUCAAUGGGCUCGGUCGAUGAUGCGACCAAUAGUGAAAUCUUGCAAAGAUGGAUUCAUUUAAUCACCAAGUCAGACGAAAUUGGUCAACGAUUUAUUGCCAACGCUGACUGGGCUGCGCUAAGAGAUGCGACAGUCACUUGGACCCAAUUCCAAAAGGAAAGGGCAACUCAGGCAACGACUCGCCAAGAAUCAGCAGCAGGAUCACCGAAGAGCAAUGCAAGCACAGAGUUAUUCACUGCUUCCAACGGUCAUGUCGAUUAUUCCCAUCCCGCUCUACAAGCGGCCAACGCGUCCGGUGCCUUUGACGAUCACGAGAACACGCGCGACGCCGAAUCACAAAUUGAACAGCCGUUCUCCACCAAUGAAAGAAUGCUCCUUUACUUGAAGAUUGUCAAGCGCUAUUCUCCUUACUGCCGUGACUCCAGACAACUGACAAGACUGACCACCGGAACGGCCGUCAAGUACUCCGUCUUGCAGGAUGCCUUGAGCGAGUUCCAGGACUUAGACGUUUCGGAUAUUCCUGUCCCCGCACUACGCAAUUUGAAACCCAACAGCAUGUGA